UCUACUCCUAAUCCUCCUCACAAAAGAAAUCUCCCUCUUACAUAGGAAAUCUCUCUCUCUCUCUCUCUCUCUCUCUCUCUCCAAGACAUUGCAAGAAUGUCAGACCCUCUUGUGACUGGGAGAGUGAUAGGAGACGUUAUAGAUAAUUUCUCUGAAACAGUGAAAAUGAGUGUCACUUACAACUCCAAUAAGCAGGUCUUCAAUGGCCAUGAGCUGUUUCCUUCCUCAGUCACCCUUAAGCCUAGGGUUGAAGUCCAUGGAGGUGACAUGAGGUCCUUCUUUACUCUGAUUAUGACUGAUCCAGAUGUUCCUAAUCCCAGUGAUCCAUACCUGAGGGAGCACCUUCACUGGAUGGUCACAGACAUCCCAGGCACAACAGAUUCCUCCUUUGGGACAGAGGUGGUGAACUAUGAGACACCAAGGCCGAACAUAGGGAUCCACAGGUUUGUGUUCGUUCUCUUCAAGCAGAACCGCAGGCUGCAGGCGGCAGUGAAUUCGUCAGUGCUUGAAGCUUCAAGGGAUGGGUUCAGCACCAGAAAGUUUGCACAAGACAAUGAGCUGGGCCUGCCUGUUGCUGCUGUCUUCUUCAAUGCCCAAAGGGAAACUGCAGCCAGGAGGCGUUGACCAUCUCACGAUCCAACAUCUACUAUAUAUAUAUAUCAACCUAGCUACACAAAUUUCCACCUUUUCUAGAAGGUUAUAUAUACUUAUAUUAUAUAUAUAUAUAUAUAUAUAAAGAGAGAGAGAGAGAGAGAGAGAGGGAGAACUUCAUAAGGCUGCUAGAAUGGAGCCAAAUGAGCUUUUCUUAGCUCGACUUUCUCCCAACUUCAAGAACAAUAUCCUUCUACUACUACUACUAUACUCUUUGCUUGGCUUUUA